GCUGGAAAUAAAGUCCGUAAGGCAAAACAGGUGAUCGUCCUAAAAACAUUUAAUAUUUUAUGAUAGAAGGCUAAAGCCUUGUGUUCAUGUUACAGCUAUGGGUGCCACAAUCUCCAGCCGCAUCGAUGGCACUUCUGUCAGUGAAUACGGCAAAGGAAAGUUGGAAUUUACGCCUCAGAAUGAAGCUUUGUUGAAUGACAUUGUGAAGCAGGUGGAGAGUCUUGUGAGUUCUUAUCCUCGCGAGGCAGAGACCAUUCUAAAAGAACCUUUUAAAUGGCACAGUACCCUUAAUCCUGACAACUUUGGAGAGUUGAAUUUUGGAUCAAUGGGAUUCCAAAUAACUGGUAGUGAUGUAAAAUCUGAGGCUAAAACUCCAAAUGGAGAGCAUCUGCUGUCUAUGGACAAGGAGGGUGAAAAUUUUAUCCUGAAAGUGUGGACAUUCGAGCAGAUUGGCAGUGUCCUAAAAGCUGCAGGAGACAGGAAAUGCCAAGAAGCUCAAGCUUGCCUUGAAGAAAACCAAGAUCCUAUGGCAAAUGUGAUGGGUGCUGCCUAUGCAGCUGUUAGCAGCAGUGACAGACCCUUUCUGAAGGCUCUUGCUGAUCUGAGUAAAGCACGAGAGCAGUCUUCCGAAAAUGUGGAAGAACAAGAGGCCAGGUUCACUCUAUCACUGCUCAUCAGUGAAAUGGAUAAACAGCUUCUGGAAGCAUCUCAUAAAACAAUUGCCAAAGAAGUGAGACUAAACCCAAGUGCUGUGCAGGCUGAAUAUGAGCUUUUCAAAUCCUUUGCUGGGGAGAAAGGCCAGUGCCUGGAGUAUAUUGAAUGGACACUAGAUCACCAGUUCAGUAAUGGCUGCCAUGCCCCGCCAUGGCAGCAGGUUCAUGGCGACAUCAGCUACCUUGACAUCAAGCCGUUUGAUAAUGACAAAUUGACUAUCACUGCCAACACUGCCGGUUACUUUCUAAACAAAGGCUUGACACAGGAGGGGCAGGUGAACUUUGAAAGAGUGGGAGAUGUGUAUCCCACACUUGUGGCACUCCUGAAAGCAAAAAGUCCCCAGUUUGCCACUGCUAUCGAGAAGAAGGAGUUUGCGUAUUAUGGUUCCUCUGAAGAGAAGCAAGACAGAGUUGAGCAGAUUGAUAAACCUGCCAAGGACGAGGAACCCAAUGGAUCAGCUGCUGAAGAAGCUGUUGAUGUAGAAACUAAGAAUCAAAUAAACGCUGCAACAAAGACGAAAGCCACUAAAACAUCGCAGAAAAAGAAAGGAACGAAAGGCGCAAAAACAUACGAGACUUCACCGCGCUGGAAAAACAUUAACAUUGAAUUUGGAGCUGAUCUUGUCGGAAAUGAUCUGAAAAAGGGUCAGCAGAAGGGGAAAAGCACUCCAGACAAGAAACCAUCGUCCAGGCUCACCAAGAGCAGAGAUGCGGGCAAGAACACACGGGUAUCAAUGCGUUCACAGAUGAAAGGUGACAUGGACGAGGACUUCAGUGAAAGCUCGUCUGAAAGUGAGGAGGAAGAAGAGAGCCAAGACAGAAGACAAGAGUCAAACGCAGAUUUGCCAUCAGAAUACUGGCAGAUUCAGAAGCUUGUCAAGUAUUUAAAAAGUGGUAACCAGACCGCUACUAUCAUUGCACUGUGUGCUAUGAGGGACUUCAACCUUCAACAAGAGACUUGCCAGCUGGCCAUCAGAGAUGUCGGUGGGCUGGAAGUGCUAAUAAACCUGCUGGAAACUAAUGAAAUCAAAUGCAAGAUUGGAUCUUUGAAGAUUUUACGAGAGAUCUCGAGAAAUUCCCUCAUCAGAAAGGCGAUCGCUGACUUGGGAGGUUUGCAGACUAUGGUCAAACUACUUCAAGGCUUCAACGACGAACUUAAAUGUUUAGCUGCUGAGACUAUCGCGCAUGUGGCGAGGUUCAGGAGAGCGAGGCGCACUGUCAGGCAAUAUGGCGGCAUACGAAAAUUGGUGUCACUGCUAGAUUGUGGAACCCUUGUGAAUGCAUCAGAUCUCGAAGCUGACGUUGCGCGAUGUGGAGCGCUCGCUCUGUGGAGCUGCAGUAAGAGUACCAAAAACAAGCAGGCCAUCCGAAAGGCAGGGGGGAUUCCUUUACUGGCCAGACUGCUCAAGUCUAGCAACGAAGCCAUGCUUAUCCCUGUUGUGGGAACUCUCCAGGAAUGUGCUUCUGAGGCUAGCUACAGACUUGCUAUUCGCACCGAAGGAAUGAUCGGAGAUCUUGUCAGAAACUUGAAGAGCGAAAAUCAAGAGCUUCAGAUGCAUUGUGCUAGCGCCAUCUUCAAGUGUGCCGAGGAUGACGAGACCCGUGAGCUUGUUCGAAAGUAUGGAGGCCUGGACCCACUGGUAUCUUUAUCGUUUAAUGUUGAGAAUAAAGAAUUACUGGCAGCUGCCACAGGAGCCAUUUGGAAAUGUUCCAUCAGUCGAGAGAAUGUAACAAGAUUUCAAGAACUAAAAGCUAUCGAGCAGUUGGUGUCAUUGUUAACAGAACAACCUGAGGAAGUUUUAAUCAACGUCGUGGGAGCCUUGGGCGAGUGUGCCAAAGUGCCCGCAAACAGAGCAACCAUCCGGAAAGCUGGUGGAAUACCUUCUCUGGUGAAUCUGCUGACCAGUACAAACCAGGCUCUUUUGGUCAACGUUACCAAUGCUGUAGGAGCCUGUGCGACCGAGCCUGAUAACAUGGCUAUCAUCGAUCGUCUUGACGGAGUGCGUCUGUUGUGGUCACUGCUCAAGUCUAAUAACCCCAAGGUGCAGUCGAGUGCAGCCUGGGCUAUUUGCCCCUGUAUUGAAAACGCUAAGGACGCUGGAGAAAUGGUACGAUCGUUUGUGGGAGGACUGGAACUGAUUGUUAGCUUGCUGAAGUCUAACGACAGAGAGGUUUUGGCUAGUGUUUGCGCAGCCAUUGCCAACAUAGCAAAAGAUGAAGAAAACCUUGCAGUCAUCACAGAUCAUGGUGUGGUACCCAUGCUUGCAAAACUGGCGACGACGACCGAUGAUCGUCUACGUCAGUACCUAGCCGAAUCAAUUGCCAGAUGUUGUACUUGGGGAAACAAUCGAGUCGCCUUUGGUCAAGCAGGAGCUGUGCCCCCAUUAGUGUACUACCUCAAGUCAAAGAACCCGGAUGUACACAGGGCUACUGCGCGUGCGCUUCAUCAGCUGUCCCGUGACCCAGAUAAUUGCAUUUCUAUGCAUAACAGUGGCGUCGUUAAGUAUCUUCUUGAAAUGGUUGGUUCGUCCGACGAAGUUCUCCAGGAGGCUGCCGCUGGUUGCCUUGGCAACAUCAGGAGACUUGCAUUAGCCAAUGAGAAGGCUCGAUAUAACUGAUGAAGGUGGUCUGGGCAGCUUUGGUGGAUGAAUGAUUAUUUUCUUAUUAAAAAAAAAAAAAGAAAACUCAAAGCUGUACUGUUGUAAAGGUCUUUCAGUCAUAAUUUCCUCGUAAAACCAUCUUAGAAGCGAUUAUUUUGGUAAACUGUAAUAUAGAAAUGGUACUGUGUCGAAGUUGUUGUACUUUCAGGUUAGGCGAGAGGAAAGUGAUUUUGUUUCAUUUUCGUUAAGACCAAACGUAAAUAAAAUAUUU